UGAACAAAAUUAGGGUUCUCUUCCUGCUCUCUCUACUGCGAAACUCGACCAACGAGAAUGGAGGCACAUCCACCCAUUUUAGCUCCCGCGUGAUCCUACAAGAUAGAGUAAGCUCAAGUUUUGCUGGGUUCAUCAAUGGUGGUACGUACUAGCAUCACAACACUACUCUUAUCUUUAGCCCCCCCUUUUCUUCCUUGAAGCCUUUUAGCAUAAACUGAAACCAAUUUCUCUAACAAACGCAAAGAGACGCAUGCAAUUUGGUUUCUUGAGAACAAAUGGAGUUCAAUGACUGCUGAAGUUUAGGUCAAGGACUUGAUACUAUUUGGUUCGCUGUUGAAAUGAAUGUGAUUGAUGGUGCGAUAUUUAGUUCUCAUAUCCUUGUAGGCAUGUAGUAAUUAGUAUAAGUGUAUAACCGUAACCAUCUUCUCUUACAAUUGCGAAAAGAUGCCCCAUUGUUUCAUGGAACAGAGGCCUAAGUUGAGGGGAGUUGGAGCUCCUACCAAGUGUAGGAUAGACAGAUUUACAAGCCUUCCGGACCAUCUUGUUCAUCACAUACUUUCCUUUGUUGCUAUCACUGACCUUACUCGUUUCGGUUGCGCCUCUAAAAAGUGCAGAGAGCUUUAUCUGUCAACUCCCUCGUUGAAUUUGAACGGAUUUUCUCGUGCCAAUUUGUUAAAUGGUGAUAAGCGAUUAGAGUUGUUGAGUUCUCUGGAUAGGUUCUUGUUAGUUCAUCGAGGGGUUAAUAAGCUGAAACGUUUGUGUAUCUUUUUGAAUGCUUACCGAGACAGUAAGAAUGAGGCAUUUCGAAUAAUCACAUGGAUCCACAGUGCUGUAAGGUGUAAUGUUGAAGUCCUUGAGCUUGAUAUUGGUGUACCCGAUGAGACACUGCCCUUUCCGUCGUCUGUCUUCCAUUGUGGAUCUCUGAGGUCUCUAUUGGUUAAGAUGAGCUGUCGGAUUCUUAAAGCACCCUCACUCACAUCUUUCUCUAAUCUUGAAUACUUGAAGUUGACAUAUGUUAUAAUAGGAGAUGAGGGGAUUUUCAAAUGGAUCUCUUGUUGCUGCAAAUGCAUUGAGACAUUAAUUCUUGAACAUGCUUAUGGGAUUAAAACUGUCACCAUUCAAAGCUCUUCUUUAAAAUCAUUUCGCUUUGUGAAGGAUUAUCUGGUUCGUCCCUGCAAUCUCAACAUCUCUGGUGGAAGACUUGAAGACAUAUUUAUUGACUGGGGAUUUAAUUCCGAUUUCAGCAGAUCAUUAAAUAUUUCUGCUCCAGAUCUUAAAUAUUUGAAAUGGUCAGGGAAUUUGUUGACUCAACAAAAUCUGGGGAAAAUGACCUGUUUACAGAAAGCUGAGCUCUUUCUGAAACCUGAAGCAGAUGACUUUAACAUGUUUGAGAUUCUUUGCAGCAUAAACAGGGUUGAAGUUCUUAUUCUAAACAAAGAGACCAUCAUGGCUAUGUACAAGGGAGGUUCCAUGUCAGCCCCAUUAGAAAAUGUUCAUUACUUGUCUAUUCAUAUUGGAAGUUUUCUUGACAUCCUAGUCCUCCCAAUGGCUUUGCUUCUUCAAGGAAUGCCUAAUUUGACUACUUUAGACAUGAAGUCUGACCCCUUCUUCCUUGACCCAAAUACUGAUUGUUCUGGGUUUAACAUGGGAUUUUGGAAGGUGCAAAGUCUUGAUUUUGUUCAUCAACUUAGAGAAGUAACCAUUGAGCUAUCCAGUGGAUCCAAUGGAAUCGAGUUUGCGAGGUAUAUCCUUGAGCAUGCUCAGAAUUUGAACAAAAUGACGAUUGUGCAUUCACCUCAUCAGUCUAAUGCUAUAAGGGCGUUAAAGAAAAGCAAUAUGGCUGCCAAUGCCAAAGUUGCCUAUCUGGAAGAUCAAAACAGAGGAACUGAAAAGCAAAGAGGAAGAAGGGUUGCCAGAUAAUCAAUCAUUAAAAGGUGCUAACAGGAUACAGGAUCAUAGAAUCAGAAGUAGUAGUUUUACGGGGAUUGUCGAAUCUCCUCCAGAGUUUCUCUCUCCACCUUUAGAUGCUGAAUCAACCCUUUCAAAAACAUGAGGCAUUUUGUUUCUGAUUUUUGCUAGUCUUUUUUCAUCUGGUAGCUGUUCUCUAUCAGAAGGGGAAUGUUUAUGUGUUACAUCUAUAAUACUUUGUUCUAUGUAGUGUUUCAAUUGAAGUAUAUAUAUAUAUUAGUUUCGUCUAACUGAAUUGAGUAUACUAUUAUUUAUUCUGUUUGGUGCCUGUGUACAUCAAAUCAUACUUUACCAACUUCUUUGACUUAAAAAGGUACUGAUAUGAUCCCAUAUUGCCAUACAUUAUCAAGAACUUAUUGAUAAUCAAGUACCUUGUUCUUGCAAAUGCAGUAAGAAUGUACAUCUUGAAUCUGUUAGUGGGACAAAAGAUGACCACCAUUUAGAGGUCGAUGAAUCUCCUUAUUGGAAUAGGAGUUGCCAUCUUAACUUCUCAGAUUUUUACUGGCCAGGACCUUGAUGAAUCGCCCGUAUCUGGGCACAUGAGAAUGUUUAGACUUCAGAUGAAGCUGAAAUUUUUCUGCAGCCUAAUGUUUGAUGACUUUGUCAAUGUAUAGCUUUUCAGCUUUUUUGUAUGUUAUUUUUUUGCUUAAAUCUAGGUACUUUUUCAUUUGGUCUUAUUAGUUGCUGGAUUCUUGGACCUAGAAUCAUGCUAAAUGGCUUAAAUAAGCCAGAGGUAAAUUGAAAACAUUUCCCACAAUGGUGAAGUGUAUAUUAAAACUCACGAAACUAAG